AAGCUUAUAGAAGACUACUGGACUGGUGGUUGCUAACUUGCCUUGUUGGCUAUUGCCACAGAGUAAUAAAUGCCCUGUGCAUGCAUAUAGCAGACUAGACCGGAUUCUUUCCCCAAUGUACCUUUCUUAUCAAUCUUAUCGUAUCUCCAUACAAAGACAAAACAUUGAGGCUGAGGUGAUCUAAAAUCAUUUCUUCAGCUUUGAACGGUAGACAAUUGAUCCAAUGGGCAGAAGGUGGUACAUUCACAUCAAUCGUGUAAUUCCUCUCAACUUUCUAUGAUUGGACAUGCAGUGUUUGAUUUGCACUCAAAGGGGCCCUUAUAAAUGGCGACCAUCAUGAAUAUCUGUUCUCUGAUGUUGAGGUCUGCAGUCUAAUUGUUUGUGAAUAUUCUAGAGUUCAAUGAUGAACCAUCUGGGCUUUGUGGUGGAGCUACUAUAUAUAGCUUAGUUGUUCAUCCAGUAUCUUUGGUUUUCUGUUCUGGGUUUUAAUUUGCUCUAAAGGAAUUUGGCUCACAGAUGAAUUCAAGAUUCACUAGUUCUAGGUAUUUUGUUCAAAGGUAACUUUCAGUUUUUUGUAAACUUCGAUGAGAAUUGAUGUUCAUAAAAAAAAGAAAAGAUGAGAAUUAAGAGGUAACUUUAUGGUUUUUGUGAUGAAUCCUUGAUUUCCUGUUUUCGGUUUUCGCUCUAAACGAAUUUGGCUUACCGAUUAAUUCGACAUUCACUAGUUUUAGGCGUUUUGUUCAUUGGAGAAUUUGAGUCUUUUUUCAGAGGUGGGUUUUGAUUUCAAAACAGGAAAAAACCGAACUUGCACAGCAAUUUAAGUUGUCAGUUAAUGGCUAUGAAAUCCCACGGAAACUUCAAGUAUUUAGUGGUGGAUUUGGUUACAGAGUAGUGAUUUUGUAAGAUUCACAGCUCUCAUAACUUAAUUUGUAGUUAUAAGCCAUAUCACUGGCUUUAGGCCUUCAGAGUAGACAGGGAUGUUAGAUGGAGGCAUGACAAUGUCCUUUCAUUUAGUAAACUGGCCACCGAUCUUUUCAGCUAAAGUAAACAAGAACAGAACCCAUUACAGUCUUUACAGAACAAGAUUCAAUCCAUCUAUAGCUAUACAGGCUUGUUCAGUAUUGGUACAUUCAAAUGAGGGUGAAAAAUUACCCAAAUCCAACAAAAUCUCAAGAUCCCAGACUCCUGAUCCUCUUCUCAGCCCAGAAAAUACGGUUGGAAUCAUCGGUGGAGUAUCCAUUUUUUCAACUCUCGUUUUCCUGGAAAAGCUUGUUUGGUUGAGCUCAAGAAAUGGAGAAGACUCCAUUCCUUUUGUUGUAUGCAGCGAUCCGGCAAUAAGUAGACAGCUUCCUGGCUCAUUUUGUCCUGUAAAUGGAAAAGGCUCUCGAAUUCGAUUAAACCACGGGACUAUAGUCAAGAAUUUGAGACGCAAAAGGGUGUUUUUGGAACAGUCUGGAGCUGGUUGCAUUGUUAUGCCAUGCCAUAUUUCUCAUGCCUGGCUCUUUGAGGUGUCCAAGGGAUGUUCUGUGCCAUUCCUUAACAUGGGUGAUUGUGUUGCCAGAGAGCUGAAAGAAGCUAAGCUGAAGCCAAUAGAAGCAGGGAGUAAUGUAAGGAUAGGUGUGCUAACUUCAAAUGCAAGUCAACUUGCUGGUUUUUAUGAGGAAAAACUACAGAAUCAGGGAUUUGAGGUUGUGCUACCCGACAAAGCAACUCUAGAGCAUAUCGUAGCUCCAGCAAUAGAAGCAUUGCAGAGAAAAGACAAGGAAGGAGCGAGGAACCUUUUAAGAGUCGCGAUCCAUGUUCUUUUGGUGCAGGCAGUGAACUGUGUCAUCCUUGCUUCUGAUGAAUUCCACGGCCUGUUGCCUAGCGAUGAUCCUCUUCAUAAGAAGUGUAUUGACCCCAUGGAUGCGUUAGCCAGAUUCACGAUAAAAUGGGCACAAUGUACUGAAAAGAAGGCUUUGUUGCGAAGUAAGAAGGAUGUAAGGAAAGUUCAAGUGGGAUUUCCUUUCCUAUUUGUUUGUAUGGUGGCAGUCAUCAUCAGUGUGUUGGUUGGAUACCUUCUAAACAGAUGAGAUGGAAUCAUCAGGAGUCCAAUUUGGUUUACUGUCGAUGAGUGAACACUACCCUCGCUUGAAUAAAAAUGUUUUCCGCAUUGUUAGGAUGAACGCAGUAUGUUAGAUUCGUAUGCCUGCAAGCUAUAACUUUUUGGGACUUGCUAGUGUUCUCCCCAUAUGCUGGCUAGCUAAGAAAUUAGAAGGGGAAACAUGAUAUAAGUGGCCAAGUCGCACAGGAAUUGUGGAUAUAGUGCAUGUCAAUAAAAAUAAAAAUAAAAACAUGCAAAAAGAGCAUAUCUGGUCGUUGUGUCAAA